AUGAAGGAUCCUAUAGCAAAGGAACAACAAUCCAACGUGAUUUAUCGCAUACCAUGCGCAGAUUUCUAUUGCGCGUAUGUUGGUCACAUGGGUCGACUCCUGGGUACCCGUAUCAAGGAACAUAAAUUAGCUGUCCUUCGCAAGGACCUCCUGUCCCUCGUCUUCGCACACGCAAUCGAGUGCUGCCAUCGAUUUAAUUGGGAUGACACGGAAAUCGUCUCCAUGGCCAACACAAAACCAGCGCGUGAAUUUCUCGAGGCUUGGUACUCUACG